UUCAGAUUCUGGAGCAGACGACGGAAGGAUAAACUUAAAGAUAUUAAAGCAGGCUGAGCUCGCUCGCUCGCGAGAGAGACGGAGCUCUUCCGCUCAUGAAGCUGCUGGUGUAGGCGAAGAUGCAAACCCUCCUUCAGCCCUGCCACUCCACAUCCUCCUCGCCACCCCACCGUCUCCCCUCCUCAACAACUUCCCCGUUCCUCCCCUCUUCGCCGUCCAACCUCGGCGCUUCCCUUCCGAGCCCCUCCGCGACUCCCGCCUUAUCCCCUUCCCUUCUUCCGCCUCGCCCCUCUCCUCGUCUCCCAACUUCUUCGCCACCCCUUCUUGCUCUCCCAGGACGACCCGUGUCGCCCUCCGCUCUCAAAACGACAUCUUCGACGGUUUCGCUAUCGCCCAAUCCCCCGAAAGGCCCGAGAACGAGGAGCUCGAGCUGCGGAACAAGCCCUCCCCGGUUUACGUGGACGGCGGCUCCGCUCCGGAAACGGACGAACCCGCCGGUGGGUCCGGCGAGGACGAGGCUCUGGCGCCGUUCUUGAAGUUCUUUAAGAAUAAGGAGGAUCCGUUGGAUGACGGCGACGAGGAGGAGGGGAGGGAUGAAGAAGAGGUUCUUGAUGAGCGGAGCGGAAGCGAUGGUGUGGGCGAGAAGGUUAGCGUAGAGUAUUACGAGCCGAAGCCGGGGGAUUUCGUGGUCGGGGUUGUGGUUUCGGGUAAUGAGAAUCGGCUCGAUGUCAACGUUGGGGCGGAUUUGCUGGGCACGAUGCUGACCAAGGAGGUGCUGCCUUUGUACGAGAAAGAGAUGGAUCAUCUGCUGUGCGACUUGAAGAAUGAUUCGGAGGCUUUCAUGGCUCGCGGGAAGAUGGGAAUUGUGAAGUACGAUGAUGCGAUGAGCGCAGGGCCGGGGUCGGGUAGGCCGGUGGUGGAGACGGGGACGGUGUUGUUCGCCGAGGUGCUUGGGCGUACACUUAGUGGACGGCCUUUGCUUUCGACUCGGCGGCUUUUUAGGAGGAUUGCUUGGCAUCGAGUGAGGCAGAUAAAGCAACUGAACGAGCCUCUAGAGGUCAAAAUCACAAAGUGGAACACAGGGGGACUUCUCACGAGAAUUGAGGGGUUGCGAGCUUUCCUUCCAAAAGCAGAGUUACUCAAUAGAGUAAACAAUUUCACUGAGUUGAAAGAAAAUGUGGGCCGCCAAAUACAAGUGCUGAUUUCGAGGAUGGACGAGGAUAAGAAUGACUUGAUUUUGAGUGAGAAAGAUGCAUGGGAGAUGCUGCACCUACAAGAGGGGACACUUCUUGAUGGAACUGUAAAGAAAAUCUUACCUUAUGGAGCUCAGAUAAGGAUUGGUGACACUAAUAGAAGUGGUUUGCUGCAUAUCUCAAAAAUUACUGCUACCCGGAUCACUUCUGUCGGUGAUGUCCUCUCAGUUGAUGAGAAGGUUAAAGUACUGGUUGUGAAGUCAAUAAUUCCCGAUAAAAUCUCUCUCAGCAUUGUGGACCUUGAAAGCGAGCCUGGUCUAUUUAUAUCAAACAAAGAGAAAGUAUUUUCCGAAGCAGAAAUGAUGGUGAAGAAAUACAGGCAGAAGCUGCCUACCGUAAUUAGAGCUCCCAAGCCAGCGGCCUCUGCGACCGUCCAGGUACCUUUGGAUAGCGAAGCUUCACUUUAUGCAAAUUGGAAGUGGUUCAAAUUUGACAGUGAGCAAUAGCACGCGUAAGUCAACCUCAAUAUGUUGCUACGCAGCCUCACUUGAUAGGAUUCAAGAUUUUCUGUAGCUUCCCCUUUCCGGCGAGAUGGUGUAUUUAUCCAUUUUGAUUAUGAAAUCAAUAGCCAUUUUUUGCUCAAAUUUAAAUUCACGUGUUAUCUUGGGCAUAAUGUAUCUUAAUAUUCUUCCUCAACGUGAUGUAUUUUGCUCCCCGAAGCAGUACUUUUAUU